AUGCAAGUGCAAGCAGCCGGAACACAGUUCCAAAUGCAUGCUGGCAAUAUCAAUGCGCUGAAAUCGUUGCCGUUGCAGCAACAAACCCCGCAGCCUCUAACCACACAACAACAACUACCACCACCACAACAACAAUACACACAACCACAAACACCCACACAAACAAAUAGUUUUAUAUCAUCAUCAACAUCAUCGCCACAACUGUCAUCUACAUACACGACAACAGCAGAAACAUCAGCUGCUGUGGUAUCAACAGCAACCAUUACCACAGCAUUGCCAUCACCAACAGCCGUAACGUCGUCGGACUUUCAAACAGUCUCAUCAACGACAAAGAAAAAUGUUUUAUCGCCCUCACCACCCAGGCAGCAAGCAAUCCAACAACAACAACAGCAGCAACAACAACAGUCAUCUUCAAAUAAAACCCAUUAUUAUCGUCAACAAUUCUAUGUACCACCUCCAAUGCAACAGCAGUAUCAACAAUAUGCCGCCUCUAAUCCAAAUUAUGUUGCCACCUCAAAACCCCGUUAUACAAAUCAACAGCGUUUACAACAGCAGCAACAGGUGCGGCAACAACGUAUGCAACAACAGCAACAGCAUUCGGCCACAUUACCGCGCCAACAUAAUGCCUCCACAAGUACAUCGAGUUUGGGCGGUGGUGGUUCGACAUCAGCGUCAACCACUCAUGGCAUUCUAACAUCCGCAUCCUCAACAAUAUCGAUUAUUUCCAUUUCAUCGGAGUCAUCAGUGGCCUCUAAUGGAUCCGAUUCAUCGUCGAAAUCGGGUUCGGAAUCUGAAUCGCGUCCUUCAAAUUCAGCUUCUUCCUCAUCGGUAUCGGCUUCAAAUAUGAAAGCAGAUCGACCGGCAAAUCGUUCUUAUAAGGACAAUAAUGAGAAGAAGAAAACCAAAAAAGCCACCAAAUCGAAUAAAUGGAAGUAA